AUGGCUUCACUUGACGCUGAAAGCAGCACGGAGCGAACCCCUCUAUUGCUUCAGGAUAACACCGGGUCUUCAGUGAGCAGCCUGUGUCUAUCAUCUACCCAAGUAUCGACCGAUCAACCACCAAAACCGACGCACUCCAAGACAUGUCUGGACGAGGAAGCAAGGCUCGAUGAACCCUCCCAUAAGAAUCAUGCCGGAACGACCUCUGUCGGCCAGAUUGUCAGCGUCCUCCUGAUCGGUAGCUUCAUAUCAAACGCCGACACUUCACUCCUUUUCGCCACCCACACCGUUAUCGCGUCAGAAUUCAACGCCCUUCACGACUCCAGCUGGCUCUUGACCAGUUUUGCCCUAGCACAGGCAGCCUCGCAGCCUUUGUACGGCAAAAUUAGCGAUAUCUACGGCCGCAAGUCACUGCUGCUGUUGGCGUAUACUUUGUUCGCUGUUGGAUGUGGAAUGGUUGGCAUGGGAACAUCUAUGUCGCACUUGAUUGUUGGACGAGUUGUGUCGGGAGCAGGGUCGGCAGGCAUGACGGCUCUUGUGUCGAUUCUGAUUACUGACCUCGUAUCUCUGAGGGAGGUUGCAAGCUGGCGGUCCUAUGUCAAUGUAGUCGCAACUACAGGUCGCAGUAUCGGGGGCCCGUUGGGCGGCUGGCUCGCGGAUGCUGUGGGCUGGAGAUGGUCGUUCCUUGGGCAGGUCCCACUGGCAGGUAUUGCCAUUAUCCUGGUUGCCAUUACCUUACCACCUCGCGUUCAGCACCAUCUUGAUGAAGACAUGCCGAAGGGCGAGCAAGGCAGUAAGCUGGCGCGGGUGGAUUUUCUCGGUGCGACUCUCCUGACAUUAACCAUUCUCAUGCUUCUCUUUCCUCUUGAGAUCGGCGGUGAUCGCAUUCCGUGGUCCAGCCCCAUUAUCUUCCUCCUCUUCGGUACAGCCGUUGUCUGUGGCACGCUCUUCCUCGCAACAGAAGCAUGGAUUGCGCGGGAACCAAUUAUCCCACUGUCGCUGUUGCGACACAGGGACAUAGUCGUCUCGUCUCUCACCAUGAUCUUUCAAGUCGGAGCCCAAACCGGAAUGAUGUUGUCCAUUCCAUUAUACUUUCAGGUAACCGCCGGUGCAUCAAACUCGGUUGCUGGUUUGCAUCUUUCCCCCGCUGUGGUAGGCAACGCCGUUGGCGGUAUUCUCUCUGGAAUCAUUAUCAAGCGCACCGGACGCUAUAAGUCCUUGAUUAUCGUAGCGACAUUAGGCGCAUCGAUCGGCUAUCUGCUACUCAUCCUCCGCUGGCACGGCAACACUAAUUGGCUGGAGUCUUUGUACAUCAUCCCCGGUGGGUUUGGCACUGGCAUCGCGCAGUCGGCGCUCUUCAUCAGCGUUCAAGCUGCUAUUGACCCAACACAUACGGCCAUCGCUGCUUCGACGUUGUACUUGUCGUCUUCGGUUGGCUCAUUGGCUGGUAUGGCGGGAGCCAGCGCCGUGUUGCAGGGAGCUUUGAGGAAGUGCCUCAAUCGUCGACUUGGCGAGCUGGAUCUUGCUGACAAGAAGAAGUGGAGCAUCAUUGAACACGCAGUAUCUGACCUGCAUUAUUUGGAUAAAGCAAAGCCGCUCGUGGCCGGUAUUAUUAGGAGUUCGUAUGUUGAGGCGUUGACUUGGGCACACCUCAUGUCAUUCCUGUGGUCGCUCACUGCUUUCGUUGGGAGCUUCUUUCUUCGCCAGCACAAGCUGUAA